UUCAAAUUCUGUUUUCAAGGAGAGGAAAUUUUACCGGAAAAUUAUUUAAAGAAUAUAAUUUCAAAACAUUUACACUACUGUGGAAGUAAGAAUGCAUUUGUUAACUACUGUUAAUGUAUUGAAAAGAAUUAUUUCAUUAUUUCGUACGUGUUACAUUUAUUCGGCAUUAUCCCAAGGGCACAAUGACACAUAUUUAAUGCUAUCCAUAAUGAUAACAUGUAUGGCGUCCUGCCGUUUUCGCGAGACGAUGGAGUAGCUGUUGACACUAAUUACUAUAUCAAAUGGCUUGCGAGGCCCAUUCUGGAAUUGCGGUCUCGGCUGCACAUUUCGCGUGAGAACCUUGACACCCCCCCCCCCCCCCCCCCCCCCCCCCCCCCCUCUUCCCCUUUCCUUUUUUUUUUUUUUUUUUGUUUUUUUUUCUUUCUUUUUUUUUUUUUUUUUUUCCCCCCCCCCCACCAUGCCCCACCCACCCCUUAUUUCCCUGUGAAUUUGUUUUGGCUGCAAAGGUUUCGUUUCACGCAUCUUUUUUUUUUCUUUACUUCCCUUGCUUUACAAAAAAAAACAAAAAAAAAAAUCUCCUACUCUGGGCAAAGACAUAUAAUACUAGAAUAUCACGUACAACAGUCGAGUCUAAUUUUAGAUUGACAGAUAUGGUGACGAAGCUAUUGACGGUGUCAAAUGAGUUUUCUGUCUUAUUCUGGCCUUCUCUUGGUUUGUUUUUUUUUCCUUUUCAGAUACGUUUAGAACUUAAUGAGCAGUAGUCACCACCAGGGCUGCCACACCUUGUGAAAUUUCCCAAUAUCUUGGGAAUUCACUACCCCAUCCAGGACAAAAACUCACUUUUUAAAAAAAAAUCCCCAAGAUAAUUUCCCUUUAAAAAAAAAACUCAUAUAUUAUCAUGAUCUUGGGAAAUCUUGGGAAAUAUUUUGACCAAAUCUUGGGAAUUAAAAAAAAAUUCCGUGGCAGCCCUGGUCAUCACCGGCCCUCAAACCCAUCCCAAAACAAAAAAUAGCCUUUAAAUAGUUUAAAGCGUAAACAUAAAUUAUCACUUCUUGGAUUUUAUGGUUGUUUCACGAUGGCAUCUGUACUUUGACAUGUCGAGUCAGUAAGCCAAAAAUAUUUUGUCAGAUUAGGUCACUUUCACGUUAACAUACGUUGUUGUUGUUUUUUUUGCCCCCCAUAGGUAAAUUACUAGCCAAGUCCGUUCGAGCAACGCUAAAAAAAUGUCUAAAAUUAGCAAGCUGUCCGUGUAUGUGCCCAACAUGUCCGAGGCUGAGCUCCUGGCAGAACUCUUCGAUUCCAUCGGCGAGGGCAAGACCGAGUAUGUCCGGCUUCUGCUGACCUACGCUAAGGAAACCGUGCAACUGCUGAAGAAGAAAGAUCCGGUAAUCGGCUGCCGGUGAUUCUGGGAUUUGCCUCAAACUCAAAGAAAUUCACUGCUUUGUCCCCCCCCCCCAAUCCUUCUCCCGCUUGCAACCCCACCCCCCACCCCAUGCAGAGGCGUAGCGAGGGGGCAGGGGGGACAGAUGUCGCCGGGCGCCAGCUAGUUAGGGGCGCCAAAAUUAACCCUUCUCCCGCUUGCAACCCCACCCCCCACCCCAUGCAGAGGCGUAGCGAGGGGGCAGGGGGGACAGAUGUCGCCGGGCGCCAGCUAGUUAGGGGCGCCAAAAUGAGCUUUGGUAUUAUUUUAUUGAUGAAAAUAAUGGGCUUGAGAGUUGGAAAAAAGAAAAAGGGGGCGCUUUAAAAUGGAGCUUGUCCCCGGGCGCGAAUCUUGUCCCCGGGCGCCAAACACCUCGCUGCGCCUCUGCCCCCAUGCUCUCACUCUGUCCCCAUGCUCUCACUCUGUCCCCAUGCUCUCACUCUGUCUUCAUUGUCAAGCUUUCCUACCCUUUCUGCAAUUCUCUCUACUGUAUAUUGUUUCUUUAAAUUUACACUUUCGUUAAUACUUGUCAAAACGAGACGAUUUAGUUUGUUGUUUUUUUUAAAUUAAUAACAAAGCGGUUCAUUGACAAAAAUAACGUAACUCGUUUUCUUAAAAGAGAACUCCAGUCUUUCGCCAGAUAUAACCGGUUUUCUCAUGGGAGUGUGAACCUGAUGAUACCGCAGAUGGUGGAAGCUGUGGUGGAGCUAUUUUCAGAAAUGUAUUUUGACACAAAAUUCAAACUUUAGUACCGCGUCCAGUGUUUGCAUGAUGGCCACAACAUCGGCCACCUAAGUGCCCCCCCCCACGUGGGGUAUUAAGGGCUUAUUCAUCUACGCAAGCAAAAUCCUACCAUCUCACCAUUUAUUAGUUUUUAAACAGCAGUCUUCUCGUCCUUUCAGCAAGGCCUGACACCGCUCAGAAAAGCCAUAACUCUAAGCAAGCCGGAGAUAGCCCGUAUAUUAGUGUACCAUGG